AGCCAAAAACAUUGUAUUAGUUUCCGUAGGCACAAUUUUCGGUGAUAUGAAGCUUCAAACAGCAUACAUACAAAGUCCUUUAUUGGCAGGGUAUAGCAGCUCUGUGGCCACGUGAAGCAGCCUAAUCUUCUUCCAUCUACCUCUCUCUAUAAAACACUUGCCACACACACGCUGUCGAGGGCCGCAAGGAUGGAGUCCUUCCAAAGCAGAGGGAUGAGUGAACCUCUUCUUGAAUCCAAGAUACCGCCACCAGAGGCGGCGGAGGAGGCAAGCGCCGAGCUUGAAGAAAUACUCUGCGACACUACCUUAUCGUGGUGGCUCCGCUUCCGUAAAGCCAUUGGAAUCGAGCUGAAGUAUCUUUUCCGGCUAGCAGGCCCCGCAGUCAUAGUCUACCUGCUCAACAAUGUUAUUUCCAUGUCCACCCAGAUAUUCUGCGGCCAUCUCGGCAAUCUUGAACUUGCUGCUUCUUCCCUCGGCAAUAAUGGCAUCCAACUAUUGGCCUAUGGCCUCAUGCUCGGAAUGGGAAGUGCAGUAGAAACUUUGUGCGGGCAGGCGUACGGCGCACAGAGGUACGGGAUGCUAGGAGUAUAUAUGCAGAGGUCGACAGUCCUCCUAAUGGCCACAGGGCUUCCCCUGAUGAUCGUAUACCUAUUCUCCAAGCAGCUCCUGCUCCUGCUCGGCGAAUCCCAACGGGUGGCCUCUGCGGCCGCGCUGUUCGUAUACGGCCUGAUACCGCAAAUCUUCGCGUACGCUGCCAAUUUCCCUAUACAGAAGUUCUUGCAGGCACAAAGCAUCGUGAAUCCCAGUGCGUAUAUAUCAGCCGGGGCGCUGGUGUUGCACAUAUUUUUGACGUGGCUGGCGUUGUAUGUGUUCGGAUGGGGGCUGCUGGGGGCGGCCCUGGUGCUGAGUUUCUCGUGGUGGAUUAUAGUGGUAGCGCAGUUCGUGUAUAUUGUGACUACAGAGCAGUGCAAGGCGACGUGGAGCGGAUUCAGUUGGAUGGCGUUUACGGGGCUCUGGGACUUCUUUAAGCUGUCUGCUGCUUCUGCCGUGAUGCUGUGCCUGGAGACCUGGUAUUUCCAGGUCCUGGUUUUGAUCGCUGGCUUGCUGCCUGAUCCUGAAAUAGCGUUGGACUCUCUUGCUAUCUGUGGGACAAUUGUUGGGUGGACUUUAAUGGUCUCAGUUGGGUUCAAUGCUGCUGUGAGUGUGAGGGUCAGCAAUGAGCUGGGGGCCAAACACCCGAAAUCAGCAGCUCUCAGCGUGGUGGUAUCAACGGGAACAUCUCUCAUCCUAUCGGUGAUAUUCGCCUUCAUCACACUCGUCUUCCGCCAUCAAUUGAGUUACGUCUUCACCUCCGGCGAAGUUGUUUCCGACGCCGUCGCAGACCUCACGCCGCUCUUGGCUGCUUCCAUUAUCCUCAACGGAGUUCAACCUGUUUUAUCUGGUAUUUUUGUUGGAUGUGGAUGGCAAGCAUUUGUUGCCUAUGUGAAUGUUGGCUGCUACUAUGUGAUCGGCGUUCCAGUUGGUGCAGUUCUCGGUUUCGUAUUCAACCUUGGCGCCAAGGGAAUAUGGACAGGCAUGUUAGGAGGUACACUUAUGCAGACUUUAAUCUUAAUAUGGAUCACUGUUCGAACAGAUUGGAAUAACGAGGUCGACAAAGCAAGAAAUCGGAUAGACAAAUGGAAUGAUUUGAAAGAGGGAUUUCUGGUUGAAUGAUUUGUAAGAUGGAAAAAUUCAUGCGACAUCCUGUCGAACUUACACUUAAGAAUAUUUCAAUACUGAUUAGGUGGUCUUUAAAUUUUGACCUAAAUUUAUCGCUUAUGAAUCAAAUUUUAUAGAUCUACUCAUAUUAUUAUUAUUAUUUUCAA